GGAGGGGCUAUGGCCAGGUUUCCUGGCGACGCGGUCUGCUGGCGGCUGUUUUCUUGGCUUCUGCCUCUUUCCUUUCCUGACGCGUGAGUUAGGUCGAUAUGCCUUGGCUGCUCUCAGCUCCCAAACUGGUUCCUGCUGUAGCAAACGUCCGCGGCCUCUCAGGAUGCAUGUCGUGUUCACAGCGAAGGUACUCCCUCCAGCCUGUGCCAGAGAGGAAGAUUCCAACCCGAUACCUAGGCCAACCCAGCCCCUUUACACACCCACACCUUCUCAGACCAGGGGAGGUGACUCCAGGACUAUCUCAGGUAGAAUAUGCACUUCGCAGACACAAACUGAUGUCUCUGAUCCACAAGGAAUCACAAGGAUACAGUGGGACCGACCAGACAGUAGUUGUGCUCUCCAACCCAACAUACUACAUGAGCAACGAUAUCCCCUAUACUUUCCACCAAGACAACAAUUUCCUAUACCUGUGUGGAUUCCAAGAGCCUGAUAGCAUUCUGGUCCUUCAAAGCCUCCCUGGCAAGGAACUACCAUCGCACAAAGCCAUGCUUUUUGUGCCCCGGAGAGACCCCAGUCGAGAACUUUGGGAUGGCCCACGAUCUGGCACUGAUGGCGCAAUAGCUCUAACUGGAGUAGAUGAAGCCUAUACACUAGAAGAAUUUCAACAUCUUGUACCCAAACUGAAAGCUGAGACGAACAUGGUUUGGUAUGACUGGAUGAGGCCCUCUCAUGCACAGCUUCACUCUGACUACAUGCAGCAUCUGACUGAGGCCAAAGCCAGGAGUAAGAACAAGGUUCGGGGUGUCCAGCAGCUGGUACAGCGCCUCCGACUGAUCAAAUCUCCUGCAGAAAUUGAACGAAUGCAGAUUGCUGGGAAACUGACAUCACAGGCUUUCAUUGAGACCAUGUUCGCCAGUAAAGCUCCUGUGAACGAAGCCUUUCUUUAUGCUAAGUUUGAAUUUGAAUGCCGAGCUCGUGGUGCAGACAUUUUAGCCUACCCACCUGUGGUUGCUGGUGGUAAUCGGUCAAACACUUUGCACUAUGUGAAGAAUAAUCAACUCAUCAAGGAUGGGGAAAUGGUGCUUUUGGAUGGAGGUUGUGAGUCUUCCUGCUAUGUGAGCGACAUCACCCGUACCUGGCCUGUCAAUGGCAGGUUCACUACACCUCAGGCAGAACUCUAUGAAGCUGUUCUAGAGAUCCAGAGAGACUGUCUGACCCUCUGCUUCCCUGGGUCAAGCUUAGAGAACAUCUACAGCAUGAUGCUGACGCUGAUAGGACAGAAGCUUGAAGAGUUAGGGAUCAUGAAAAAUGUUAAAGAAAAUAAUGCCUUCAAGGCUGCUCGAAAAUACUGCCCUCAUCAUGUUGGCCAUUACCUUGGGAUGGAUGUGCAUGACACUCAAGACAUGCCCCGUUCCCUCCCUCUACAGCCCGGGAUGGUAAUCACAAUUGAACCAGGCAUUUAUAUUCCGGAGGAUGACAGAGAUGCCCCAGAGAAGUUUCGGGGCCUUGGUGUACGAAUUGAGGAUGAUGUAGUUGUGACUCAGGACUCGCCUCUCAUCCUUUCUGCAGAUUGUCCCAAAGAGAUGAAGGACAUUGAACAGAUAUGCAACAGGGCCUCUUGACCUUCAUCACAGCCCGCAUGCAUCUCAGGUCCUUCCCUUCUUGCACUUUUGCUGAGAUCCACCUAAUAUCAUAAGAUGUUUGUAUGAUGCCUGUAUUUUGAGCUAAUCACCAAUGUCUCUGCCUGUGCUAAAAGCCAUCUGUCAGUGAUUGUGGGUGGCGCAUACAUACCUUCUACAACCCCUCCCUACCUACUCCAGAUCCUGCAUACUGACUAGAGCCACAUAAGCCCUUAAGGGCACUGGUGUCCUGUAAUCUUGCCAUUCAGCCAGAUUCUAGCAACACUAGCUCUCAAACAAAACAGUUUUGAGCCUUUCUUGCCAUUUGGUUGCCUUGGGCGGAGCCUGUAAAGUGUUUAGAUUCUUGAUAAGGAAGGAAAUGGAAGAGAAAUAAAAAUAUGUAUGUGACUACUACAGAUCCAGACCUCCAGCCAUUAGUUCUCUUCAGUUUAAAGAUGAUUCCUUUCCCAAACAUCCGUGAUUCCUUUAUAGGAUCUUAAUACAUUGACCUUCAUAGGUUACCCUUAUAGCUGCUGAGCUGGCCAAGGGCAGAUCCUCUACUUACUCUAUCAAAGUCAAAGUAGUGGUACCCAGUUUCCAGAGAAAUACCCCUGUUAUCAUUCUGUGAUUUCCUCUAGUGCUGUUAAAAACAAAAUAUGGAAUCCACCAAGUCCCUGUAAGCAUCCUAUAAUCCUUAUCUUUCUCUAAUGUUAGCACUGACUAGACAGUGGUAAAGAGGUACAGUAUUAAAUGCAGUUAUACAACUCAGUUUGCAACGUGAGCAGGGCUAGAUUACUGCAGGUGGUCUAUUCAGGAGCUUCUGUGAUACAUAGAAGCUUUAAAAGCCAGUAUGUUCAUCUCCUUUAAAUCUGAAUAUGUGCCCAGGACAUACAAAAUGUGAUAAUUGUUGAAGCAUAAAUUAGAGUAUUUUUUAAAAAAUAUUUGUAUUAGGGAAGUACAAACUAGGAGAUUAACAGUCUCUGUAGUGCUAGAAGUUUGCUCGUGUCAUCAGGAAAACCCAAGGUACAGAACCAAAAGCAGACAGGCAGUGACUUGAUCAGAAGACAAAGAUAAUGUUACAACCAAAGUGUUACAAACUGUAUCCUGACAGUGCUUAUCCAGGAAUGUUUGGCUUUGCUAAGCGUAUCUAAACAGCUGUGGGAAUGGAAGCUGCACAGCUGGAGUCUCCCUCCAACUUCUCAGAUCUGUGCUACUUUCUAAAAGAGAGGGAAAUAAGUCCACAACUCUGGCUUCUCACUUCCCAGGCCUCUGUGCCCCCAACAACCCUUUCCUUGGAUUGGGUUUCCUUUGUUCAUGUAUAAUCCUGGAAUAAGGAAUUUACAUUUCUUCCUAAAUGUUUCUGUGGUCUUCAACUUUCUAGCUAAAAGCUUAGGGGGCUUUUAUGUAUCGAAGCAUACUUGGAUGUGAAACGGACUGGAAUCUCACUGGGAUUCCAAAUUCUACAGAUGUUACUGGUAGUUAGAAUGGCUAUUGUGGAAUUCUGGCAAUUUUUAGUCCCUGACCCAGUUAUAUUGGCCUUUGAGUCCCAGAUUAACCAUAGCAACUGAACAUUUGAUUCAGACCAUCAAGAUAGCAUAAUGAAUCUCUCAUAGCAAUGUUUUAAAGGCUGUCUGACAAACUCAGGAUUUGUUGAACAGAUAAUUAUGUAUAGUGCAGUGUUCUCAUUCAUUCUUAGCCAUGCCACAGACAUUUCCCUCUAAUUUUUUUGUUAUUUUUUUAAUAAAAAAGAAUGCUAUUGUUAUUGGAUAUAUUAAUACAAUAAUUUUAUUUUUCUUAUGUUGUCAGGAAAUAACCCAUUCCACUUAAAUGGGCUUUCCAAAUACUAAAACAAACAUUUCUUAAAAUUUACAUUAUUCUAGUUUGCUGAUCUUUUACAUUUAACAAAGCUGGAACUUGAAGUUCUACCAUAGUUACUGGGUUUUUUUUUAGAGACAGGGCCUUGCUCUGUUGCCCAGGCUGGAGUCAGUGACACGAUCAUAGCUCACUG